AUGAGCACAGCAGGCAAAGUUAUUAAAUGCAAGGCAGCAGUGCUGUGGGAAGCCAAUAAACCAUUCAGUAUUGAGGAAGUAGAAGUUGCCCCCCCAAAAGAACAUGAAGUUCGCAUAAAGAUCAUAGCCACUGGGAUCUGCCGCUCCGAUGACCAUGUGAUAACCGGUGCACUGGUUGUGCGUUUUCCAAUAAUUCUUGGGCAUGAAGCAGCUGGUGUUGUGGAGAGUGUUGGGCAGGGAGUGACUUCAGUCAAACCAGGAGACAAGGUUGUUCCACUCUUUAUUCCACAGUGUGGAGAGUGCAAGAGCUGCUUAAACAACAAGGGUAACCUGUGCAGUAAAACUGACCUUGGUGCAAGAUGUGGAUUAAUGCCUGAUGGUACCACCAGAUUCACCUGUAAAGGAAAAGAAAUUUACCAUUUUCUUGGUACAAGUACCUUCACUGAAUACACAGUAGUGCAUGAAUCUGCUGUGGCCAAAAUCGAUUCUGCUGCUCCUCUGGAAAAAGUUUGUUUAAUAGGCUGUGGAUUUUCAACUGGUUACGGGGCUGCUCUGCAGACUGCCAAGGUGGAACCAGGCUCCACCUGUGCUGUCUUCGGCCUCGGAGGAGUUGGCCUCUCUGUUGUCAUGGGCUGCAAGGCAGCUGGAGCUUCCCGCAUCAUUGCCGUGGACAUCAAUAGCAGCAAGUUUGCCAAGGCCAAGGAGCUGGGAGCCACCAACUGCAUCAACCCUAAAGAUUUUGAUAAGCCCAUCCACGAAGUGCUGAUGGAAAUGACUGGUGGGGGUGUGGACUACUCCUUCGAGGUCAUCGGCCGUACGGAUACCAUGACUUCAGCCUUGGCCUGUAGCCAGUGUAACUACGGAGUCAGCGUGAUUGUGGGAGUGCCCCCUGCAGCACAAAAGAUCACUUUUGAUCCCAUGCUCCUCUUCACGGGUCGAAGCUGGAAAGGCUCCGUCUUUGGAGGCUGGAAGAGUAAAGAUGCAGUUCCCAAACUGGUUGAUGACUACAUGAAGAAAAAGUUUGUUCUGGAUCCAUUAAUAACCCACACACUACCUUGGACGAAGAUCAAUGAAGGAUUUGGUCUUCUAAGGACAGGAGAGAGCAUCCGCAGUGUCCUGAUGUUUUAG